UUUGCCCCAUCCGGUUGAAGUCCGGAUAACGUUCCGGAUACGGGCGUGCAGGGGUUUGCCAGCCCUCCGAUUCCUCAUAUUUUCACGCCGGGUGACUGUCAUGAGCCGCAACUUGAUCCUCCGCGUCGGCCGCUCCAUGAGCCGAUCGAUGCAAGCGCCCCGCCUUGUGGCCGGCCGCGCGCCCAUGCGCAUGUUCUCCACGGCCGACGAGAUCAUGGUCAACGUGCCCUCGAUGGGCGACUCCAUCUCGGAGGGUACCGUCGUCAGCCUCAAGAACGUCGGUGACUACGUGCAUGCGGACGAAGCUGUCGUCGUGCUUGAGACGGACAAGGUCAGCGUUGACGUCAACGCGCCCCAUGGCGGCUUGAUCACGAGCAUCUUGGCCAGCAUCGACGAUGUGGUCAACGUUGGUGCGCCCUUGUUCACGCUUGACAAGGCGGCUCCUGCUCCGAUUACCAAGGCGGCACCGGCUGCGGCUGCCCCUGUCGCGCCUACGCCUGCCGCGGCACCGGCGACUCCUGCCGCGGCUGCUGCCAAGGCGCCCGCUCCCAAGAAGCCGGAAACGGUGGCUGUCCCUGCCCCGACGGCGGCGCCUGUUGCUGGCAAGUUCAACCGCACCGAGACGCGCGUCAAGAUGAGCCACCUCCACUUGCGCAGCAACCAGCGCAUGAAGGACACGCAAGACACGGCGGCCGUCCUCACGACCUUUCAAGAAGUCGACAUUGGCAACUUGAUGGCGCUUCAGAAGGAGCUCGGCGAGACGUUCGAGAAGACACACAAGGUCAAGCUCGGCUUCCUCUCUGCCUUUGUCAAGGCCAGCGCCAUGGCGCUCCAGAAGGUCCCGGCCAUCAACGCUUCGAUCGACGACGAGGCCAAGGACAUUGUGUACCACGAGUACGCCGACAUCAACGUCGUGGUGGCGACCGAGAAGGGUGUCACGACGCCCGUGCUCCGCAACGUCGAGUCGCUCUCGAUGGCCGACAUUGAGCGCUCGCUCACGGACCUUGGCGCUAAGGCGGAGGAAGGGUCGCUUGCGAUUGAAGACAUGGCCGGUGGCACCUUUUCGAUUGCGAACGGUGCUGUCCAGGGCUCGCUUCUCAGCACGUCGAUCCUCCACGCGCCGCAGUCGGCCAUCAUGAGUCUCCACGGCAUCCAGAACCGCGCCGUGUACCACGACGGCAAGGUCGUCUCGCGCCCGAUGAUGUACAUCUCGCUCUCGUACGACCACCGCUUGAUUGACGGCCGGGAAGGUGUCACGUUCCUCAAGACGGUGGCCGACGCCGUCAGCGAUCCGCGCCGCCUCCUCCUCGAAAUUUAG